GUAUUUGUACUCUUUCAGAUAUUUUGAACCGAAGUCUAUAACAUUUGGAAUAAUAGAAUUUGUUUUGAUAAAUAAAUAUUUUUAAAAAAUUUAAUUAAUUUUUUAUUAUUUAGAACGCAUUUUAAACAGUUUUCACACAUCGUAAAGGAAAAAUUUUAGCUGUUCCAGUGUUUUAUCGUGAAGAAAUGCUUCAAUACUCUCCUCCCUUAAAUGGAACCACAACUCCUGAUAAAAAUAAAACAGUGAUUAUAUUAAUAAUUUUUGGGGUCAUCGUAGCUUUAUUCUUUAUUUCAAUAUUCUUGCUAGUUUUAUACUGUAAAUAUAAGAAGGGAAGAGUACAUAGUGAAAAUUUUAGGCCGCCUAGUGAAGACCAAGAUCUGAACCCCUUCAUACCUGGUGCACCCGUCUCAAGAGACGAACACGAUCAAUACCGAGAAGCUUUCCUACAAUUAGGAGGUAACAUCCCUGAAGAUGGAGCAGAUUUCGAAAACUUCAGACGACAACAAGGAAGAAGGCCAAUUGGACAGCCAUUUGAAAAUAUUCCAUUAAGAGACCUAAACGCAAAUCGUAAUAUGAGUCCGCAAGACAGAAGUAACUUGGAAAGUUCGCUUAGCUCGUCUUUAUUGCACCCACCAAACAGGUCUUCUCAGGCUCAGUCAGAAUCCAUUCAAAGUAAUGACGAAAUUUUAAAUGAUUCCUCUGAUGUCCUCCCACCGACUGCAUCGUUUGAUAGAGCUGCUAGUGUGUCCGCUACUACUGCUGCUACUGCUACUGCUGCUGCUACCGCUACUACAGUGGCUAGCGCUAAUGAUGAUAACGCUGAUAAAUUGAAGAGCGUAACGAGCAAAUCGAAAAUAUUAUUGAAACGGGACAGCAGUUCAAGCAAGAUCAUUCCAAAACUACCUCAUGAGUUACGACUGAGAAGUACCAAUUAACUGAUCAUUUGACAUUUGCAUAAAUGUUUUUAAUUUCAUUUAACGUAAUGGAUCACUUUUUAUUGAUUAUUAUUUUAUUUUUAGUAUGUGAUUUACGUGUGAAUUUUAAAGUUUAGGCGUUGAAUUAAAAAAAAUAAAUUUGUCAUGAUGAAUAUUUUUUUAAAACCAGACUUUCAUAAAAAUUACAUUGAUCCUGUUUAUUUAAAUUUUUUUUAAAUUUUGAAGCAUCUUAUUAAUAUAUAAAUUAUUUACAUUAUAAAUGAAAUAAUAUUGCUCUAAAUACGUAAUUAACUCAUUCUUUUUGUCGUUUUUAUUGUCCUUUAAAAGUUAAUUUACACUCAACCAUUUUAUUUAAUUAAAAAAAAAUUUUCACGACAAGCGUCAACACAAAUCUUUUAAUAUAUAUAUAUAUAUAUAUAUAUAUAUAUAUAUAUAUAUAAAUAUAAAAGUGUGUGUGUUUGUCUUUGUGUGUGAUGUGUGU